CUGGAAAUUCCUUUUCCCAUCUCAUUGGGGUUUCUGACUCAAGCGGACAGCUUACAGAAUGCCAACAGACGCUGUAGAGAAGCCUGUGGAGGAGACAAAGCCUGAUGAGGCUGUGUCGGGGUCAGGGACAGAGUCUGACAGUGACUCCAUGCCAGACUUGGAAGAUCAGGACACACUACAACAGAGCCAGGUGGCCCAGGCUGCAGGCAUUCAGGAGGAACUGGUCAGUAAAGCUAAACAGAGCAGAAGUGAGAAGAAAGCCAGAAAAGCCAUCUUGAAAUUAGGGUUAAAGCUUGUGGCUGGAGUUUCAAGAGUAACCAUUCGUAAAUCAAAGAACAUCUUGUUUGUGAUAAAUAGGCCGGAUGUGUACAAAAGUCCUGCAUCAGAUACUCACAUAGUAUUCGGCGAGGCAAAGAUUGAAGAUUUGAGCCAGCAGGCACAAAUGGCUGCGAUGGAGAAGUUUAAGAACCAGGAAAACCCAGCUGGUGUGGAAGUACCGAGCACAAAGUCGCAGCCUAUAAUGGAAGAGUCUGAGGAAGAGGAGGAGGUGGACGAGACAGGCCUAGAAGCCAAGGACAUUGAACUAGUCCAGUCACAAGCAAAUGUUUCAAAAGCAAAAGCAAUCAAGGCCCUUAAAAAUAACAACAAUGAUAUUGUAAAUGCUAUUAUGGAAUUAACGAUGUAGCCCUGGCGAUGUGUGUGAUGUCCUGACUCUAUCCUAUCAAGUUUUAUGUAUAACUGUGCUAUUUGUCAUUAACUGUCCUCAAUUUUCACAUUAAAUAUAUUUCAAAACCC